AUGGAGGCGCUGGGAGUGGUGGUGUCUCUGGUCCUGGAGGUGCUCGUACUGGAGGUACUAGAGUUGCCGGGACUGGUACUGCUCCUGGAGCUGGAGGUGUCUGCUCUUGGGGUGUUGCUGCUGGAGGUACUGGGGCUGGAGGCUCUGGAGCUGGUGCUGUCGACCCUAGCGUUGGAGUCCCUGGAGUUGGAGGUGCCGGUUCUGGGGGUGCUGCUGCUGGAGGCCCUGGAGUUGGUACUAUCGACUCUGGAGUUAGGGACCCUGGGGCUGGAGGUGCUGGUUCUGGGGGUGCUGCUACUGGUGGCGCUGGAGCUGGAGGUUCUUGAGCUGCUGGAGGAGCUGGAGCUGGAGAUGCUGCUGCUGGAGUCACUGGAGCUGGAGGUGCUGCUGCUGGAGGCGCUGGAGCUGGAGGUUCUGGAGCUGCUGGAGGCGCUGGAGCUGGAGGUGCUGCUGCUGGAGGCGCUGGAGCUGGAGGUUCUGGAGCUGCUGGAGGCGCUGGAGCUGGAGGCGCUGGAGCUGGAGGUGCUGCUGCUGGAGUUACUGGAGCUGGAGGUGCUACUGCUGGAGGCCCUGGGGCUGGAGGUUUUGGAGCUGCUGGAGGCACUGGAGCUACUGGACCUCGAGUCUGACCUGGUUCGUGCUGCUCACCCUACUGUCACGUGUCUGCUAGCUACUGUUGUCACUGACCCGUCGUUUGAGUCUGCUGCUGCGUCUGCCUUAGUCUCUGAGCUGGUUGACUUUGCUGCUGCCUGUCGUCUCCACUUCGCUGCUAGUCUUGUUGCUCAGUCUGAGUCUGUGUGUCCUCUGUCCAUCGGGGGUGAGUGUGCUCUUGGCACGGACGUCCUUGAGGAAAGGCAGGAGGACUUUGAGUGUCUUGGAGCCGCUGCGCCUCAUCUCGUGGCCAUGCUGCUUGCCCAUGGGGGAGACCCGGAUGCUCCAGACAUCUUGACCCCGCGCUCUUACGCUGAGGCGAUCGCGGGUGAGUACUCCUCUCAGUGGCAGACAGCCAUGGACGCAGAGAUGGCAUCCUGGAAGUCCACAGGCACUUACGUUGACGCAGUUCCCCCUUCUGGGGCGAACGUAGUUCUGCUGCACGUUGCCGCUCAGCGUGACUACGAGCUUCACUCCCUGGACUUUAGCAUAGCGUUCUUACAGGGCAGUCUGCACGAGGAGAUCUGGCUGCGCCGCCCACCUGGCUUCACUGGGUCGAUCCCUCCUGGUACCCAGUGGAGCCUCCGCCGGCCAGUCUACGGUCUCCGUCAGGCGCCUCGCGAGUGGCACAACACACUAAGGACGACACUUGCGGCUCUUGGGUUUGCUCCUUGGUCUACUGACGCGUCGCUGUUUCUGCGCACCGACACUUCGUUGCCACCGUUCUACAUCCUCGUGUACAUCGACGACUUGGUCUUUGCCACUGCUGACACUGAGGCUCUCGCCCUUGUGAAGUCGGAGCUAUAG